AUGGAGCAUUCACACGCGGCCAAUCGCCCUGACGAGUUUCGCGAUCGCCGUCUCAGCGAAGCAGAGGCCCAGAAUACCUUCGAGGUAGUCUUCGACAAUGAAGCCGUGCACCGCCGCAAGUCUUCACUCGCCCCGGGCACGGGCACCGGGCCCCAGCGGCCCAGGCACAUGCGCAAGCCGACCAACUGCUUCGUCCACUCCCUCUUCGAGCCGCACCGCGACGCCACCGCGCUCCAGGCGACGCACUCGCCGCCGCCGGACUCCGACUACGCCAUCGCCGCGACGCCGUCGUACGAGGGGCUGAAGUCGGACAGAGUGACGGACAAGAACCCGGACGCGGGGCUGUACCAUAAUGGAGACGACGUCAUCCAGGAAGAGAAGGGAACGGGCGCGGGCGCGGUGGCCGUGACGGGCGUCGAGCCCGCGGUGCAGAGCAGGCUGUUGACCAAGAAGCAGAUCUCGGAUAUGGCGUUCGGGAUCAGGGAGCUGGCCAAGAAGCUGGCGCACAUCCGCAUCAAGAUGAAUGUGCGGAACGUGUUUAUUCUGGCCAAGGCGCACGACGAGACGCUGAUUGGGAAGACGAGGGAGGUGGCAGAGUGGCUGCUGCAGCAGGAUGUGAAUUACAGGAUAUAUGUGGAGAAUACGCUGCAGGAGAACAAGAUCUUUGAUUACAAGGGCUUGGUGGAGGACAACGAGAGCUACAAGCAUCGCCUGAGGUUUUGGACGGUCGAGCUCUGCCAGCAGAGGCCCCAGACGUGGGAUAUCGUUCUCGCUCUCGGCGGAGAUGGCACGGUUCUGUACGCCAGUUGGCUAUUCCAGCAUGUCGUACCGCCUGUCCUAGCUUUCUCGUUAGGCUCUCUCGGGUUCUUGACUAAGUUUGAUUACGGGUCCUUCCCGCAGGUUCUUACCAAGGCGUUUAACGAAGGUAUCACCGUCAGCUUACGGCUUCGAUUCGAGGCUACUGUCAUGCGCUCCCAGAAGCGAGAGAAGUGCGGCGGCACUGCACCACGGGAUCUGGUGGAAGAGCUGAUUGGCGAGGAGAGCGAAGAUUGCCAUACGCACUUCCCUGAUGGGACGUACAACAUCCUGAAUGAAGUCGUGCUCGACCGGGGCCCGAAUCCGACAAUGUCCUCGAUAGAAAUCUUCGGCGACGACGAGCACUACACCAGCGUGCAGGCAGAUGGCAUCUGCAUCGCGACGCCGACGGGCAGCACGGCGUACAACCUGGCGGCGGGUGGCUCGCUGUGCCACCCGGACAACCCGGUCAUCCUGCUCACGGCCAUCUGCGCGCACACGCUGUCGUUCCGCCCCAUCGUGCUGCCCGACACCAUCGUGCUGCGCGCGGGCGUGCCGUACGACGCGCGCACCAGCUCGUGGGCCAGCUUCGACGGCCGCGAGCGCGUCGAACUCAAGCCUGGCGACUACGUGACUGUCAGCGCCAGCAGGUUCCCCUUCCCGAGCGUGCUGCCGGUCGAGAGGAGGGGCAAGGAUUGGAUCGACAGCAUCUCGCGGACGCUGAAUUGGAACUCGAGGCAAAGGCAGAAGGCUUUUAAGGAGUGGGAGAAGGAGGAGAAAUAG